AUGUUUUGUCUAAUCUCUCUCUCUCUCUCUCUGGACAUUCUACACUUCCUCUCUCUCUUUCUCACUCUCUCUCUCUCUCUGGACAUUCUACACUUCCUCUCUCUCUCUCUCUCUGGACAUUCUACACUUCCUCUCUCUCUCUCUCUCUGGACAUUCUACACUUCCUCUCUCUCUCUCUCUCUCUGGAUAUUCUACACUUCCUCUCUCUCUCUCUCUCUGGACAUUCUACACUCUCUCUCUCUCUCUCUGGACAUUCUACUCUCUCUCUCUCUCUCUCUCUCUCUCUGGACAUUCUACACUCUCUCUCUCUCUCUCUCUGGACAUUCCACACACUCUCUCUCUCUCUCUCUGGACAUUCUACACACUCUCUCUCUCUCUCUCUGGACAUUCUACACACUCUCUCUCUCUGGACAUUCUACACUUUCUCUCUCUCUGGACAUUCUACACUUCACUUCCCCUCUCUCUCUCUCUCUCAGCAUGCAUAGUCUUUUCUCUCUUUUCCUUUGUCUCUCUUUUCCUUUGUCUCUCUUUUCCUUUGUCUCUCUUUUCCUUUGUCUCUCUUUUCCUUUGUCUCUCUUUUCCUUUGUCUCUCUUUUCCUUUGUCUCUCACUCUGA